CGAUUCCUGUGGUCAGUGUUGAUAAAAGUCGGAUUUUACGGCUGGGUUCAGCCUCUUCUCUGCCAGUACCUGCUGACCUACAGCAAAAUGGCGGCCGGAGCUUCAGACCGGAUUCCCGCAUUUUGCCGUCCGCCGCACGCAGGAAGAGGAGGAGGAGGAGAGGUUGGUGCGAAGCUGAGAGAGGGGAGAAGGGGGCGAGCUGAGCGGAGGAGGGGGUGAGAAGUGAGAGAGCGAGCGGCCGUCUGAGAGGCGGGCAGGAGCCGGAGGCAGCCCGCGAAAGAGCAGAAGGAUCCCCGGGUAAGAGAGGGGACGGAAGCCGAGAGCAGCCGGACUCGGAAAGGUCGCAGUGAGCGCUGAGCAGCAGAAGAUGGCGGACGGGGACAGCGGGAGCGAGAGAGGGGGCAGCAGUGGCGGAGGAGGCCCCGGCGGCUUCCAGCAGCACAUGUCCCGGGACCAGGAGACCCAGGAGCUGGCCUCCAAGCGGCUGGACAUCCAGAACAAGCGCUUCUACCUGGAUGUCAAGCAGAACGCCAAGGGCCGCUUCAUCAAGAUCGCCGAGGUCGGGGCCGGGGGCUCCAAGAGCCGCCUCACGCUCUCCAUGGCCGUGGCCGCCGAGUUCAGGGACUACCUGGGCGACUUCAUCGAGCACUACGCCCAGCUGGGCCCCAGCAGCCCCGAGCAGAUCGCGCAGUCCGCCGGGGAGGACGGGGCCGGAGCCACGGGGCCACGCCGGGCCCUGAAGAGCGAGUUCCUGGUGCGGGAGAACCGCAAGUACUACCUGGACCUGAAGGAGAACCAGCGGGGCCGCUUCCUGCGCAUCCGCCAGACCAUCAACCGCGGGCCCGGCUUCAGCGGAGGGGCCGGCGGCGGAGCGGGCCUGCAGAGCGGACAGACCAUCGCCCUCCCCGCGCAGGGCCUCAUCGAGUUCCGCGACGCCCUGGCCAAGCUCAUCGACGACUACGGCGGGGAGGACGACGAGCUGGGCGUGGGCCCCGGCGGCUCGGGCGGCGGAGGAGGAGGAGGAGGCUCGGCCGGCGGCGGCAUGUACGGAGAGCUGCCCGAGGGCACGUCCAUCACCGUGGACUCCAAGCGCUUCUUCUUCGAUGUGGGCUGCAACAAGUACGGCGUGUUCCUGCGGGUCAGCGAGGUGAAGCCCAGCUACCGGAACUCCAUCACCGUGCCGCUCAAGGCCUGGGGCAAGUUCGGCGGGGCCUUCUGCCGGUAUGCCGACGAGAUGAAGGAGAUCCAGGAGCGGCAGCGGGACAAGAUGUACGACCGGAGGGGCCCCGGGGAACGAGGGGGCGGCCUAGGAGGAGGAGGGGAGGACUCCGAGACAGAAGAUGUGGAUGACGAUUGAACGGGAAGAAGGGACGAGGCAGGGGAGAGAGAGAUGGAGAAUGGAGGGAGGGCAGUAACACAUAGUCAUAACCAAUUCUAGUAGGACACGGGGGGAGGGGGCAUGUUAUUGGGGAGGGGGUCAGUAGGGGUCCAGGUGGUGUUGUAAGUCAGGUGUGGUGUAAUAACAUGUAGGACAGGUCUGUAUAGUCAGUAUCUUCAUUCAUUAUUCUCUGUCUGGGGGAGGUGGGGGGGAUGUUAGUGCAGUGCAAUGCCCCUUACAGGAGUGAUGGCUAGCACUGGCUGCUACAGCUCCUGAGGAUUGGGUGUCUAAUGAUGCCUUGUCAGCUAAACCUAGUUAACAGCUGGAUUGUGCAGUGAUAGCCAUCACCUUUGUAAGUGUUUUGCACAAAGAUUUGCUUCAAAUGGCACAGCUUUAUAUAUUUAAAAAAAAAAAAAAACAACCAUCUAAAAUUAGUUUCUUACAAAGCCAGAUACACCAUACAAUGCAGUAGGAAACAGGACAGGGUUACUUAUCAGAGACUAUUGAAAAUGCCAUUUAUUUUCCUCUACUCUCCACUACACCUAAUACACAUUUCCCUCAUCAAACCUGUUUAAAGGAACACACCCUAUUUCAGAAAUAUUUGGUUUUCUACUUUAAACUCCACACACAUGUCUUAAACAUUUUUAAAGGUGGCAAUAUGUCAUGCCUUUGCAUUUUAUCUGUAGUCUGUUCACAAUGGUCUAUGUGCUGAAAGAAUAACUUGGGCAGUGGAUAUUGAAGCUCACUUUAGAUUGCCUUGCAUGGACUCACGCUAAACACAAAUUAUAGGCUACAAAAAGGGUGCUUUCUUAGAUCACCUGGAGUCACCGACCUUCCCUAGGUGUGGUGUACAUAGAUUUUAAAGUGCUGUGCACAGGAAAGUGCUGCUUUGAAUUGCCCACCAUAGCCGUUUUAGUAGACUUGGUAAUAUCUCCCAAGCCUAACUUUUAAGAAAGGUGCACAUGUCCAGAAUAAAGCUUACAUUACUUUCUUGUGUUCCUUAAUGUAGGGGGAGAGGUUAGCAUUACAAUCCCCCUGUCCUUGCAGAUGCCUGGCAUUUAAUGAUGUUGCCCAACUUAACAUUUUACAUCACUUCUACUGCAGUUUGGUAGCAUGGUUUACAUGUGGUAGUUAGAGGGAAAUGAGUAAUAAUUUAAGGCAGUCUCACUCCUUUCUCCCUUGCCUCUCUGAACACCAUCACUAUUUCAGUUUUCAUGUGUUUUUAAUGGGCUUGCAGUGAUGCCCCCCCAAUCCCCCAAGGAGAAAAGACCAGUAAUUCUGUUAAAACACGCUCUAUAAAUCCAUAAUGAGACCAUCCGUUCCUGAAGCACAAGGGGAAGCUUGUCGGAUUGCUUGCUAAUUGCAUUAGUAUCCACAGAGUAUCCAGCGACAGGACCUGCUACCAUUCCUACCAAGACAAAACUGAUCCUGCCAAUUGUGGAUGAUUUCCGACUGCCAUAAAUCACCUUACUUUAAAUACCAGCACUAACCACGCAAGUUUAAAAGAUCUUUAGACUGGGGAAUAUUAUUCAGAAAUCGAGGGAACCAUACAACCUGAAUCUGUGAAACUCUUGUAAGGAAGAUGGCAAAAGAAAAAAGAGUUAAAACUCCUCAACACACUCUUUUUCAAACAAGAUAUACUCAGGUCCAUGAUUAUUCUUACCAGGCUUUUUAUUAUUAAAAAGACCUGUAUUAAAUUCUCAGUACCUCGGAGGGUGAUGGUGCCUCCAAAGUGCUCUCUGCACACACCAGAAGAAACAGUCCACGUGGUGGCAGCCCAGAAGCAGUGCAAGUGAUCAAGUGGGUUGGGGAGGGGGGCCUGGAAAUGAGCGUGCUGCCCAUAUGUGCAUGGGCAAUUAAUUUGGAAAAACUAUGAAUGGACAUGAUACCCUGCCUAAUGGUCUCUGGACCCCAAAUAAUGUUUUGGGGGCUCCUGUAAUUCACUCUCCACCUGUAAUUUUUAAAAUGAAAUCUCUACAAAUGGUUUUAACGAUACUGGAUUGCUCCCUUGCUUAUACACUUAAAAGAAAUAAGUCUUUUGAGCCAGAAGUAGAUAUUUAAGUCUCUUCUGAACCAAAAGAAUUAACAUUAUAGUAUUUUUUUUUUCUUUAUGCGGAAUAUAUAUAUAUAUAUUAUUUGAAAACAGAGUUCCCUAAAAUCCCAUUUAAUUUACAGUGCAGUUAAUACUAUGGCAAUUCAGAUGCCUUUGCAGUGAGGUUUAUACAAUAAAGAUAAAACCAUGCUGCAAAAAGGCCAUUGGAAUUUCUGACACAUUGAAGUAAUAGGUUAGUUAGGUGUUUACUGCAUUUAAUGUCCCAGAUGGUUUUUAUCUUCACAGAAGCUGCCUUCAUAUUUUUUCCCCAAUAUAUGUUAUAAAUUAGUAUCCCUUUUAAGGUAUUUGAUGUACAUAUCCAAUGUCUUGGGAUUUUAAAUUGUCCUUUUAUGCUAAUGAUAGCUUACAACUGACAUUGAAGUUGUAGGCCAUUUUUCCCAUGGUGAUUGGGAAGUAUCCUCAUUUACAGUGUCAGAGGUAAGCCAUCACUAUCGUAUGCUUUGAAGCAGGCCCAUUUUGGCAGCAGAAAAAAAAAGGGGGGGAGCGUUACUGAGUUUGGGGGAGGAUCACCUAGUGACCUAUCCUAUAGCCUCUCACAUGGUAUGUGUAAUUCUAUGCAGAGCAAUAUGUUGCAGGCUGCUGUGGAAGUGAAUAGAUUAAGCGCAAUGAUAACAUUUGCUGCUGUUUUUUUUAAAUUAAGUCACAAUUUAUUUCCAUCAGUAUUUUGUGUUGCAAUUUAUUUUUUCCUGAACUGUAUGGGAGCAAUAGUAUUCCUUGAUGUUUUAAUUACAUCAGUAUAUUGUACUGUAUAUUUGUACCCGCAAGGCAGCUGUAUAGUGUGUCCUGCUGUAUCAAACAUAUGUGGUUUUAUUUUCUUGUUUGUGGCAGAGCUCGUGCAGCAUUAGAACAAGUCUUCUCUUUUGUAGGUUUGUGGAAUAUCCUUGCUACUUUUGUUCCUGUUGCUCAGAAAUGCAAACAGUGGCAUGUGUCUCUCCAAAGUUUUCUUCACCUGUGUGGGCAUCUCUUCUCUCUUGAUACUUGUCUGUCAGUAGUUAUGCAAAUUCUCUUAACAUCUGUCUGGCAAGGUAUAAAAUCAUACCCAGUUCCCUGCCUCCCUUUGUGGCUCAUGCCAUUGAGUACAGUUUUUGUUGUGUUUUUUGUUUUGUUUUGUUUUUUAAAGUAAAUAAGCUAAAACAAUCUAAAGUAUUUAGAGGUGGAGAGAAACUUAUAUCCCCACCCCUUCCACAUGACAUUGCUUACAAUCCCCUACUGAGUAUUGUUCUGCAUGUCUGCACAGAGGGGCUCUGUUUCUUGAUAUGACUAUCCUGUUAAAAUAUCCAGCAGAUCCUCGGAGUAGAAACAAGGUUACUGGUCAAAUCACACUUUAACCUUAAUUUCUUUGCUCCGACUACCAAAGCAGCAACUUGGUGAGAUUUUUUUUUUUUGUUGUUGCUGUUUUAUUCUGUGAUGCAAACUGAAGAGGCAUGGAUUUAAAUAAAAAAAAUAUAUGAAUUGUGAUGGCACAUUUUCAGCAUUUCAAGACAUUUGCUGACAGGGGUUAGCUGUCUCCAAUCACUCUGUCCACAAUAGUGAUUUGUAAUAGUGUUUCUCAACCGUUAUCCAAAUACCACUUGUAACAGUCAUACCCCACCAGGGUUUCCAAUAAACAGCUUAUUUAUUAGCAAGUACCCUAGUGGCAAACUUUCCCAUUAAACCCCAUUAUCCAGUGAAGUAUAAAAGUGUAUUGGAUUUCUACGCAGAAUAUGCAAAGCAGAGGUUGGGAAACUAUCCAUUACAUCAUAAUUUAUUACAUCUUAACUUUGUCAAUAAUUUUUUUUAAAAUGACGUUUGGGUUCAAGUACUGCUGUUACACAGUGAUUAGUGGUAAUAAUGAAUUUGAAUUAACAUUUUUGUUCUCCUAAAUGUGCAGAAAAUCAAAGUUAAUUUCAGUGUUCACAGGCAGAGCUGUCUGCUGGAGCCCUGUUGUUUUCUGGUCCUGUAGGGGCUUCCAUGGCAUAAGGAGAAAGUUUUUAAUUUUACAUCUUUUACCAGGCUGUGUUAUGUGGCCCACCCUAUAUGUGUUGGACUGCAUUGGCUUGAAGUGGUAUUUUCCAAGAGUUACAUUUCCUUUGUAUGUAGCUUGUACAGAGAAAUUCACAAACCUAAAUCCUAAACUGUAAAUGUUGUAUAGCCUCUUACAAAAAAGAAAUAUAUAUAUAUAGCUGUAUAUAAAAUAUACAGGGGUGAUGAUAAUUUGUUUUACAGAUGUGUUCUCUCUCAGGCUUUUAAAUCCAAACUUUCUGAUUUAGGCCACCUCACACAGAUGACCUGCAGUCCUAUGCUUUCAACGUAUCUCUGCUUCCUCUGUGAUGGGUGUGUAUUUAAUAUUUCUUUACAUGGGUAGCAUUUUGGCCAAAGUGUCCAUUUUAUCUUAAUGUUCACAUGCAAAAUCUUUCCCAGUGGUUGAGAAAGGUGUUUGGUAUGAACAAAUAACACCUGUCAUAAAAUUUUAAGCACCAGUUCCAUAUCUGGAUGAAACUUGGUAAAUCGGUAGCCAUAACUGUACACAAAAUGUUUAAUUCACUAUCCUGUGGGAUUUCAUUAUUCAUGGUAGCUCAGUCCACGGAAUGAAAGAAACCUGUUGCUCUAGAUCACUGGUCUCCUCGGCUGGUGUGAGAGAGCUUGUCGUUUUUUUAAUUCCAGAAGGUUGAUGGAAGUCGUUCUCUCUUACUCUAAAAGGCUUUUAAAGUUGUCUGCUUUGAAGUUUUUCGGUAUGUUUAGCAUAAAACAUUUUCAUUAGCUGCCUGGUUGGUAUAUUCAGUAAUGUCACCCUUCCCCACGCCUGAAUUAUAGAUCAUAGCCUGUGUAAUUUUUCAUACCCUGCUUUAGAACAAGUGGUUACAUAACCAUGCGGGAUCCUCUCCCAAAAAGUGGAUAUAUCACAAUUUCAAGCAUGUACCAAUUAAGUUAUUCUGCUGGAAAGUGAAUAAUAUUGUAGUUUGUAUUUAGAUUAGUAAAAACUUGCAGAAAUUUUAAAAUUAACAGGGCUCAUUGUGCAGCUCGGCUAAAUUACAGAUUAAUGUCUAGCGCACUACAGGAAACCUUUGCUGCUUUUUUUAUAGUGCUGGCAGAUGAUCUGCAUACUAUAUAAUUUGGCUAACCAAUCACUGAGCUACUCAUUACUAAAACACUUUUGCAUAAUUUGUGAAAUGGAUUGUGUUCUAUCUUUUGCAUUAGUGUUACCCAAUCAAUUGUUAACCAGGGCCACUUUUUUGUUAGUUCUUGAGGCCUUUCCAUAGAAAACCAGACAUAAACAGUAAAGUGCAUAGCUCCGUCUUGCUGCUAUGGAUAAUCUGGUCAUGUUUUGGAAUUACUGUAUGAAUGCCUUAGCAGAAAUGGAUCUGGUUAUUUUAGUUACCGUAUUACAUUUAUUGUAGACCUUCUGCUACAUGACUCUCAUGAGACAUGGGUAAAUAUAUAAUUUUUUCUUUUCUUUAUAUUCAUAAUUUUACAGCUUUCCGUGAAAAAAUUGUGGCCUUAAAGUAAAACUAUUUAUGCAGACAGCACUGCACGUUAGCCACUGGUGUUCUAGUUUUUUCGCUUUGUUUUUAAACCUUUGACUGCUACAGGGUUGAACAAUGCAUUACCCAACGCUCUUUGGCCCUUAAAGAGUUAAUUGAACUUACUAACAAGCUAUACAUUUCCCAAAUUCACGGGACAGAUAUUUUUACUGUAGAUAAGUAGUCAGUAUAGGCUAUGAAGAGAUCAAUUUUUAUUUUUUAUUUUUUUUAAACAUGAGUGCCACUGGGAUUUUAAAGAUGCAUUGCACAGCUCCUCUGGUACAGUUAGGCUUCAUAGGAACAACCAUUGCACUGCCAAGUGUUUUGGCUUCAGCUAGUGGUAUCUGCUUUUUAGCACAGCUUAACAUUGUAUUCAAUGUUAAAGGAUGAUAGCAUUUUGAGGGCAUCUGUGACUUGGUGUGCUCAUAAUGUAAAAGCAUUUCUGCUCUAGGCAUUUAUUCAAUGUAUUCUUCAAAUACACUUUGCUGACAGGUUAAAGAGAAUUAUAUUUAAAAAUAUAUUUUUUCUGUUGAAAAGCACUUUAAAUAGUAAAAUUAUAGAUUAACCAGCUGACCCUUUGCCCUCCAAACACCUAUAAAUGGAAUAAAUCCUUCAAUGUAUCCCUUGAGGUUGUCGACCCCUGCUCCUUCAAAAUCCUGCCUGCUGACCAUAGCUUCUUUCUCUGUAUUUCCCAACUCACUGUGUCUAUCCAGGACAGGUUGUUAGAGUAACCGCUCACAUUGGAAUAUCAGAUGGUUUAUAAUUAUCUGUAAAAUCUACUCUGGCUGAGAUUUCCUGGUGGGUGCUGGAAAUUCUUAGCACUGUUACUGUGGAGUAUCACCAAGUAGCCAAAAGCCAAGAAAAAUUGUUGGCUUUACAAAAGCAGGUUUUGGAUUUACCACUAUUUUAGUAGCGGGGUAAAUAAAAAUAAAAUCGGCAAAUGCAACGAAACUGUAACAUUCAAACUCCUGCUAGUCAGCACUCCUUACAAUAACAGAUUUUUGCAAAACUGAGUUUUACAAUCUAUAUUUAAAAAGAAAAUUGUAUGUUUGUAACAAAUAAAGUAUGCGGAAAAGUGAAUGAAACCAUAACUAUCUGUGUCUUGUUUUAAUCUCUUUUACUCAACAUUCUGGCAAACUAAUGGUACAUUUAUUAAAUAUUUAUUUUAACAGUAA